AUCGUGCCACCCGCUCAUUCACACUCUCCUAAGCUGUAAAAUUGUAAGCUUCCUACCUCAAACAAUCCAGGAACAUAGUAAAAACCUCCUCGGAAGAACUGAAGGAGGCACUCGAUUUCUGGGCACUCGUAAUUUUUUGCCUUUUCACGCCCCAAUUUAUCUUUCUUUUUGUAUGGGUUGGAGGGCUUCCAACACAGAAGGGGAGCUCGAGACGUCUCCCUAUAGACAAAAACGCCACCUUUCGAGCUUCAACCAGUUCGCCUUUCUCCUCUUUCUUUCCAUCAACUUUUCCCCUUUCUUACUCUUUUCUUCCAUUUUUCCCAACUUCUUUUCUGCAACACUUUUCCCUUUGCAAGCAUGUCUGGCUUAUAUAACCACAGCGAUUGCUUCUACCCCGCUAAGCCCCUCUCUCCACAGAUAAGAAGCAGUCCUGAUGUAGAUAGCCAGUACUUGGCGGAGUUGUUGGCGGAGCAUCAAAAGCUUGGCCCUUUCAUGGAGGUUCUGCCCAUUUGCAACCGUUUGUUGAGUCAGGAAGUUAUGCGAGUCUCAGGAAUGGUUCCGAAAGGAUUUGGGCACUAUGAUAGACUGCAGCAGCAUGGAAGCCCAAGACCUAUGGUUUCUCCAAAACUUACCUCAACCAUCACAGACGCUGACCUGAUUGCUUGGAGUGGGUUGCAGCAAGAGCAGAGAUGGGGUUUUCCUCAAGGAAUGUCAAUGGAUUGGCAGGGAGCACCUCCUUCCCCAAGUUCUUAUUUUGUCAAGAAGCUCUUGCGGUUAGAAGUUCCGGUUGAUGGCUACCCCAAUUUCAAUUUUGUCGGGCGCCUUCUCGGUCCCAGAGGCAACUCUCUGAAACGCGUGGAAGUAUCAACAGGUUGUCGCGUUUAUAUCAGAGGAAAAGGGUCAAUAAAAGAUCCAGACAAGGAGGAAAAACUAAGGGGCCGACCAGGUUAUGAACAUUUAAGCGAACCGCUACAUGUCCUCGUUGAGGCUGAGUUGCCUGCGAAUAUAAUCGACGCGAGGCUGAGACAUGCACAAGAAAUUAUUGAAGAGCUACUCAAGCCUGUGGACGAAUCACAGGAUUUCUAUAAGCGGCAACAGCUCCGAGAGCUCGCGAUGCUGAACUCAGGUUUAAGAGAAGAUAGUCCUCUCCCCAGUGGCAGUUUAUCUCCAUUUAACAGCAGUGGAAUGAAAAGGCCAAAAACUGGACGUUAGUGAAAUAUUUGAAAUUGAAAUCUUCUAAUUGCUUAUGAGCUGAUCUCAUCCUGCCUUCACAUAACUUAUAUUCCUCCUGGCUGAGCCUUAAUGAAAAGAAAUUCACCAGUGAAUUUAGCAGGUUAGUUUGGGCUGAAUUGUAACAAUGUUUGCCAUUAUUUAUGUUUUUUGAAUGAUGUGAGGCCCUGAUUGUCUUGUAAAACUGAGCACAUUAUUUGAUUCGUUUUUGAUUAGUGGUCCUUAAUGAGAAUGUGCAGCGUGUGUUUUUGUUUGAGGAAAUGCUGAUAUGACAUUUGUUUAUCCUGUAUUUUAUGUCUUAUGAUGAACUUUAAUUAAAUCAAGCAUUUGAAGUUUUUUU